AUGGGGCAAGAAGAACCACAAAAUAAAUUAGAAGGAGGCCAGCAUUCCCAGCUGAUACCUUGGGCCACUGGUUUUUUCAUGUCACUUCUAAGUGCCUGUUUUAUUGAAAGCUGUGUGGGGGUCACCUGGAAUUGCUGUCUUGUGGGCUGGAGAGCCUUCCAGUCCAACUGCUAUUUUCCUUUUAACGACAACAAGACGUGGGCUCAGAGUGAAAGCCACUGUAUGGGGAUGGGGGCUCAUCUGGCCACCAUCAGCACAGAAGCUGAGCAGAAUGUUAUCACUCAAUUUUUGGAUAGACGAUUUUCAUAUUUCCUGGGACUUACAGAUGAGAACCUUGAAGGCCAGUGGCAUUGGGUGGACAAGACACCAUUUAACCCACAGAUGGUAUUCUGGCACGAGGGUGAACCCAACAACUACCAGAAAGAAAAAUGUGUUGUCUUUGUUAAUGACAAAGACAACUGGGCCUGGAAUGAUUUUCCUUGUGACUUUAAGACAAGUAGGAUUUGUAAGAUACCUGGAGCAGCAUUCAACAAGAAGCCUAGGAAGGAGUCCCUGUUAUGA